GAUAUAGUGUACAGUUCUUUCCCUUGCAGGGUUAACAUAUCCCUUGAGCUCCAUUGCUCAUUUCCCUCCCUGCCUGCUGCUCUGAUUCUCUGCCAUUGGCUGGCUCUGUAGGUUUAAGCUAAAAAGCUCCGUAAUUAGAAGCUCGGCUGACACAGAUCCAGUUUCCUGGGCAGGCAGAUUAAAAAAAAAAAAAAAUCAUCUCCCAAACUCAGAUGUUUUCCUUUCGCUUUGCAGCACAAAAUUUCCAGCAUUCGGCUGUGAUUCUUCUUCCUGUGACCAGUCGCUGGAAGCAGGUGGAGAGGGGUGGAGAAGCUGCUGGCUGGCUGGGAGCUGGGACAAGACAGGGACGGGAAGUGGCAGCCGGGUCUCGUAAAUUCAAGCAAAUCUGUGCUCUCCGGGGAUCCCACCCAUAGCUGCGCCCCUGGCACGGUGGGCAGCGGCAGGCAUCCCUGUGCUUGGACUCUCAUUCAGCCAAGAGUGUCCCUGCUGCCGUUGUGAACCAGCACCGGAUCAAAGCCCUGCUGCAGCAGCUGCCCCCUCAGGACUGUGAUGUAAGCUUGGCAGCAGACUUCCAUCGGGACUCUGCACUUUCCCUGCCUCCUGCAGCCAUCUCGCUCUCUCAUACCACCCUGGCUUGGUACCCUCUGCUAUUCCAGCCCCAGCCCCCUCCCCACAGAUCCUUUCCAGCAUCUCAACAUUGCUGUGGGGCAUGUGGCCAUUUCAGCCUGGGCAUGCCAGGACAGCUCCUCAAUCCUACUUUUCCAGCCCUGCUGCUACCCCAGGUCCCCACUCCCCAGGUUCAGCCAUUGUCUCAUUCCUGGCUUGAAGCCUCCUGGCUCUGAUGACAGAUUCUGCCCUGUGGACAUGUGCCCAAGGUGGCCAAGGCUGUGACCCUCCAGACAAACUUCUUGCACUUGCACCCGUUCUGGGAUGCUUUACUCACCAAGGCAGUGUCCACUUCGGAGCACAGGUCUGCAGGGGUGAUGGAGAAGCUUAUCAACCUCCUGGGCCCCUUCUGGUUCCUCUACAGGAGAGGUACUGCCCUGGCCUCGGGGAGGAGGAGAGGCAACAACUGGAAGCAUUCAGCACGCAACGUAGGCAGGAAGCCCUGGGGCAAGGAUCUGUGUGCCCUGUGCCACCCACCAGCCAUGAGUGUCUCUGCAAGAAGUGCGGCAAGAGGAUGAACAAAGGUGACCCGGGGGUGUUUGCCUCCCGGCUGGGGGAUCACUGCUGCUGGCAUCCCUUCUGCUUCGUCUGCCACUCCUGCCACCAGCCCCUUGUGGACUUCAUCUACUUCCACCAGGAUGGGAGCAUCUACUGCGGCCGGCACCAUGCGGAGCUCUUCAGGCCACGCUGCGCCUCAUGUGAUCAGCUGAUCUUUGCAACCAAAUGCAUCGAGGCGGAGGGCCGGCGUUGGCACGUGGAGCACUUCUGCUGCCUGGAGUGUGACCUGCCUCUUGGCGGGCGGCGCUACGUCAUGAAGAGCGGGAGACCCUGCUGCUGCAGCUGCUUUGAGAGCCUCUACGCCGAGCUCUGCCAGGCCUGCGGGGAGCUCAUCGGUGCUGACAGCGAGCAGGCCACCCACCAAGGCCAGCACUGGCAUGCCCGCCCCUCCUGCUUCUGCUGCAGCUUCUGCCGCAAGCCACUACUGGGAGAGCAGCUCACGUCCCGCCACGGCCUCCCGUACUGCUCAGAGACCUGCAGCCGGGAGAAGGAGCGCGCCUCGUCCUCCUCCACGGCCUCAGACUCCUCCGACUCGGCUUUCCUCUCCACACCCUCUCCCGACUCCACGCCUGUCCCCAGAGCCAGCCGCAGCGGCAGCCGGAGCAGCCCCAUGCCCACCCCAGCUGCAGACAGGGAUGCCCGCAAACCAGGGGCUGCAGCUGACGGGACAGAGCAGCCUUCAGCCCAGACCGGCAUCCACCCUGCCUUCAGGAGCCAGGAUGACCAGGGAGCCCUUCUCAGAGAGAGUGGCAAGGGAGCUACCUCUGUUAGUGCCUUUGGACAGGCAGCUGCUGUCUCCCCGGAGCAGGAUCUGUCAUCAACACCCCCCAACUGCGAAGUGGAUCAGAGCGUGCUUGGAGCUUCACUGGUCCCCACCGGAAACCCCCAGGCAGACAUCAGUGCCCUGUACCUGGGCGCCAGCCCCUCAGCAGACUGCAGCGUGACUGUCCCGCAGAGCCCUGUGCCCCCUGAACAAGCGCUGCGGCACUGGGAUGCGGAGGAGGACGACUCGCGGUGCCCGACCUGCUCCUCCUCCUCGGACUCAGAGCAGGAGGGCUUCUUCUUCGGCGAGCCGAUCCCCAAGCCUGGGACGGGGCGUCCUGCCACCCCCAGCUGGGAGCACAGCAACCUUGGCCCGGCAGCUGGGAAGACGGCCAAGCUGCGAGCAAGCAGCAAGCAUUGCAGCAUUUCCUAACACGGGCCAGGCUCAGCACAAGGGAGCAGUUUCCUGCACCAUGGAAAGGGGGAGUGGAGAGAGCGGGGAUCACAGGGCACAGGGGAAUCGACCAGGAACACCCCAACAGGCGCACUUGGGACACAACCCUAGUGUCCUGGCCCCACAUGUUGUCCCUGGGUGGGAGGAGAGUGCAGAGCAGUGACAAUAGCCUCCAGGGUCCUCUGGACAGACCCAGGGCUGGGAUACAGAUGUGCUGGUCUGGAUCUCUCAGUGCUAGACUCGGGCUUCAGGCAUGUGCCAAGCUUUCAGUGCAUUUUACAAGUGUGUUUGGAACCGGCCCAAGCACAGAUAGCGAUAAGCCUCUGGGGUCCUUUCACUGGCAGGCUCCUAACGGCUGUUCUGCAGGGCUGUCCCCAUUGCGCCUGUAACAGGAUGAUGAACAGGUAAAAGUAGCCGGGCAAGGGCAGGUAGGCAGACCAGCCCUUGGGGGGCCCAAUGCCUUCACUGGCUUGCAUCAGGCUGGGAAGACAAUAGCCCUUUCAGAGUCCUUGGCCCUGCUCCCCCACCGCAGCUAAGACCUGAAGAGUGACUGUGCCUGGCUUCCCCUUGGCUCUGCCUCCCGGCACUGGAGUUCUCACAGACCCUCUGGGGGCAGGACCCUGAUGGCACAACCCGGGCACCCAGCCUGAGGUGCCUAGAGGGAGGUGACUCUCCAGAAAGCCUGGCUGAGUCCUGCCAGAGAUAGGUGAGCGUGGGGAUGGCAAGGCCCCUUCCUCACAUAACGCUGCUGUUGACUCCGGGUGCAGAGUGUGUGCCCGCAGCAAAGACCCCUUGAAUGCAGACAACCGGACGCUGGUCCUGGGAUCUCACAACAUCCCCCUCUCCCUUCCAAGCUAAGCGAUGAGACUCCUUCCACCCCACAGUGCAAGGGGGCUUAACUGGGGCAGGCUGGGGGAAUGUCUCAGUGUUACACAGACAGGCUCCUAAGCCUUGUCUCCAUCAAUAAAACUCAACGUGGAUCUCAA